ACAGUUAUACUUAACUACCCCGGGAGAGGGUUAAUUCUGGCUGCUCCGCUGUGUGGGGGCAAAAGAAGAGUGCUUAUCUGCUCCUUUGGGGUAAGAGAAGAGGGGUUUUCUGCUUUUUCUACACUGUAAGACUCUGGGAAAAGCUCAGUGUGAGAGGAGAAGAAGAGGAGAGAAGAGCUGCGGAGGUGAUCAUGAUUGUUCUUAAGAUAAAAGAGCAUCGAUGGUUUCUGGACUGAUAUAUAAACCAUAGGAACACACAGAACAGCCAUGAUUGCUGCACACAUGAAUGGAUAUGUGGAGAGUUUUGAACUAAUAGACAGUUCAGAAAAAUCCCGCCAGGUCAAAGACAUGGCUGUGGAGUGUCCCGGCGAUCCCGAACCCCAGUCCCGCUACAGCAACAAAAUGGAGAGGAUACAAAACUACCAGGAGGAGCUGAGGAAGAAGAGGGAGGAGGAAGGACGCUAUCGAAAUCUUAACACCAACCUGAACGCCUCCUCACAAAAACUCAAUAAACUGUCACAAAGCCCCAAGAUGGGCGUUGACAACCUCACAUUCGAAAGACCUGAGACUCCAAGGCAAGGCACACUGGAUCUGGAGGCACCACCAACAGAGCUGAAUGACCUGCUCCAGUCUCUGCAGCGUGUGCGGUACAGUCUGGGUGAUGCUGAGAGUCAGGCAGAUGUUCAGGUGGUCAUGGAGCUGCUUCAGCAGCGUGAAUUCCAACAGGCCUUCAGCAUGCACAGCACUGUGGCACUCGGCGUCAGAGCUGUCAACCCACCGUAUCCCGUCACCCCCCGCGCCCAGCACCUCUGCCACGAGGUGCAGAAUGUCUUACAGUUCACCAAGCAGAAAGAGGGGAUUGAGCUUAAAGCCCUGUUGACCAACCCGCACCUUCAGGCUCUGAUGGAGGCCCAUGACUGUGUGGCUGAGCGAGAGCUGGAGCCAGAGUUCAGUUUGGCCCAGUAUGGAGGAGAAACAGUAAAACUGGUUCGUCUGGAGAAGGCCCGGGACAUACCACUUGGUGCGACGGUGAGGAAUGAGCAUGACUGUGUAAUGGUGAGUCGGGUGGUAAAAGGUGGAGCGGCGGAUAGAAGUGGGCUCCUCAUUGAGGGAGAUGAAAUCUUGGAAAUAAAUGGCAUCCCAGUCCGUGGCAAAAACAUCAACGAAGUCCACGACAUUCUGUCCGACAUGCAUGGCCCCCUUACAUUCCUUCUGAUCCCCAGCUCACGGCACAAAGCUCCUGCACACAGGCAGACCGUGAUGCAUGUGAGAGCGAACUUCAGUUAUGAUCCUGCGGAUGACCCGUACCUGCCCUGCCGAGAGCUGGGUCUGGCCUUCCAGAAAGGCGACAUCCUGCACGUCCUCAGCCAAGACGACCCCAACUGGUGGCAGGCCUACAAAGAUGGAGACGAUGACAAUCAGAGACUGGCUGGACUCAUACCUGGGAAGAGUUUUCAGCAGCAGAGAGAAACUCUGAAGAAAACAACCACAGAGCGAAAUCCAGAUAAUCCUGGAAAACUUUGGUAUACAAAGAAGAUCAAGAAGCCAAGAAAAAAGAGCUUUUACAACCCCAGCAGGAAUGUUGAAAGCUACACAGAGGAUGUUCUGACCUAUGAGGAGAUGACUCUGUACCAUCAGGCAGGCAAUCGUAAGCGGCCCAUAGCCCUGAUUGGUCCAGCGCACAGCGGCCAUGAUGACCUGAGGCAGAGGCUGCUGUCCGUAGAGCCGGGGCGAUUUGCAGGCGCUGUUCCCCACACCACUCGGAGUCCCCGAGCACAUGAGCUGAAUGGGAGGGAGUACCAUUUUGUGUCACGGUCGAACUUUGAGGCUGAUGUGGCAGCGGGUAAAUUUAUAGAGUAUGGAGAGUAUGAGCGCAACCUUUACGGCACCAGUGUGGACUCAGUGCGGCAGGUGGCGAACGCAGGACGUAUCUGCCUACUUUCUCUCCACACACGGUCUCUGCGUGUCUUGCGUUCCUCUAAUCUCAAACCAUAUGUCAUCUUCAUCGCUCCUCCUCCACCAGACCAACUGCGCACCCUGCUGUCCAAAGAAGGGAAGAACCUGCAGUCUGAGGAUUUGAAGGAGGUGACACAAAAGGCCCGAGAGAUGGAGCAGAACUACGGCCACCUGUUUGAUGCUGUUGUGGUGAAUAGUGAUGAGGAUAUGGCCUUCUUUGAGCUUCUGCGGCUCAUCGAGAAACUGGACACACAGCCACAGUGGGUCCCAUCCUCCUGGCUUUGCUAAUCCCACAAAAGUACCACAGUAACAUACCAAACCCUAACGCUGACGGGUCUCACCGUAACAAUCAGUGUGGGAAAGCCAUUGAACUGCUUACCUGAAGACGGCCUGAGCCACUGAGGCCUCUCAGUGUGUUUCAGGAAGAAAUGAACUGCAGCAUUGUUUUUUCCUUAUGAUAUUUAGGUGAUAUUUUAAUGAAAUAGUUCAGAAAACAACAUUUUUUAUCAGUGUCAUGUCUUAUGUUUCCUUCUUUAGUUUUGCACUGGAGCUGAGGCUUAAACAAAACAAAAAAUUGAUUGUAUAGCUAAAAACAGCACUGGCAGCCUCAUAUUUGACAGUGAUAUAGUGCCAGCAAUCUGAUGCCGCAAUGUAGAUGUCAUUCACAAAAAUGUAAAUAUUUUUUAAACAAGAUAAACUAUCUAGCAAUAUAGUGAAACAAUUUCGUUUGAUAAAAUAACUAAAACAAGUCUUGCAACAAUCUAAAAAAAGGAAAACAUGUCAGUAUUAUUGCAAAGAUCUCCCUUCUUUCAGUUUGACAGUUUUUAACUAUUGUUUGAAUAGUGUGUGAUGAUUUAGACAUGCGCUUUGCUAGUUGAAAACAUGCCAUUAGCUUAGUGCUAUGCAGGAAAAGAAAGACGAGAGGGGAGAAAACUCCGACAAUUUUGGGCUUAUAUUGAAAAGGGGAGAAGCUUCAGACAUGUUCCUUCUUCUAAAACUUGGUUAUUUCAUAACAAAACUUAGCAUCGUGCUAAUCCACCCAUGGUCAUCGCACCCCCUGCCCUGCAAAUGUUUUGCUUUCCCUUCUCUCAACACACCAGAUUCUAUAGUGUGUUAAACCAGGAAAUGUGACGGGCAAGGAAUGCCAGGACCAAAAUUGGCUAAUGGGUAUUAGCCUCGAAGCUCCAGUAAUAAAACUAAUGUAGAAAACUUCAGACAACACAAAUUUCUUGGCUGAUUGACUACCUUAAAGAUUAAAUUGCAAAUUAUUUUUUUUUGCCAAAACUUUGCUUUAAGAAUAUUCCCAGUGCCCUGAUGAAGCAGGGCAUAAAUUAUUCCUGAAACAGUUUUAAUGAUCAUGUCCACGUUGGUAACAAUUUUUAUUUAUUUUUUUGUCUCUUUGUUUUUGUGUAUAUCACAUUUUGUGUAUAUAUCAGUCUUGAAACAGACACAAGCAGGAGCUCAUUUAUUCUGGACAGAGGACGAGUGGUUCAGCUGGAGUAAAAGUUCCAUGUGUGAUUUAAAUACUGCACUAAAUAGAUGGGAACUAUAUUUUUGUGGAUGUACAAAUCAGACGUUUGUAUUUGUUUAUGACUUUGUAAUCAGGAGGGUUUUCUUUAAGAUUUUCCUAUUAGAAUGACAAAACAACAUAUUUUAGAUUAAAUGUAUCACUAAAUGUAAUUAUUUACGGACACUUUUUAUUCUUAUUCUCAGGAAGGUUUUGAAAGUAUUAUCAGUGCAGUUCUGAUGAACUGUUUAUUUAUAGCAAAUCCUGACCAAAACUUGAAAUAGGAUGUUUUUUUGUUUUUUUCCAACAGUGUUGCUUUAGCCACAUCAUAGCACUGUGUUUGAAUGUGGUUUUGUUAUUAACAAUAUAAAGACAAAAAUUAAUGAGAUAUAUUAAUACAUUAAGUAUGCGUGUUUGUUGUGUGUUCAUUUUUACCUGAUAUAGUACUUGCAGAGGUUUUAUAUCACAGGAUGUGUGAUUGUAUUAAAAAAAUAAUGUGUUUGUUAUUAUUUAGGGUGCAUGAUGGAUCUUUAUUCUGUUUGUAAAUAAAGAGGACAGUGUUGGCUCAAUGGA